AUGUCCUCGAGUGCUUCAUUGUCCUCAUCAUCUGCGGUCGUCUCAACAUCGUCUACACCGAGUUCGGGCAAUUCUGGGGGUGGAUUCUUCUCCGCGAAUGGCACCCCGGCGCUCAUCCUCGCAUUCCUUGCCAUUGGCCUAUUCGUCGGAGGAAUGGUGACCAUGUUCGCCCUGCGCAGACGGCGCAUGUUCCGCCUAGGGAACAGGUUUUUGGGAAGGAGGACGAAUACCUGGACGUCGGACAUACCAGAAAGCACGGUACCCCAGCGGACAGAGCGGCGCAGGCAGAGGCACUUCGGCAAGAAACCAGAGUUGUGGGAUGUCUAUACUGUGAAGGAAGAGUAUCAGGACGCGUCAUGGGAGAAGGUCACGCCCAUCUCAGCGAAAGUGAUCACCGAGGAGUUGCCCGACGUGCUCCACGACGUUGAUCCCCCACCACUUUUUUCGCCUCCUCACGAAUCACGCUUCCAUAGCCUCAUCUCUCACGGCCGUUUUGGUUUUCUUCGCUCGACCGAAGUGCAGCCAACCGCUGCUCCCACACGACCCCCACGCAUCGAAGUUGCAGUUGCCAUCGCGAUGCCUGUACCAAGCUCCAGUGAUUCUGGCAUGCUUGAGUAUUCGCUCGGGCUAGCAGAGCUGCCUUGGGACUCUGAUAUGCAUGCCGCCAUGCAUUCAGCAGAACAAGGUCCCGCUCUAGACAAUCGAGAGCAAGUAUUAUAG